UCAAUGUUUAUAAAAAGCGAAUUUCUUCUUAUAAUCAAGAACUGAAGUAGUUAAUAAAAAAAAUCCGAAUAUAUAUAAGGACAAAAAGCAUUGUCCUCUCCAUUGCUUAGUAAUAUCACAAAAAUUCCAACCAACAACAACAUUUGAUUAAUUAGAUCUCUAAAGUCGUAACGUAACACCAUGGCACCCGACAAUAUCUCCAACGACCAACCACCACCGGAAACAACACCCCUCCUCCGCCGCACCUUCUGCCGUCUCCCAUCAACUCUCAAACUAAAAACUUCUCUCUUAGCAGAACUCUCCGGCGCCGUCGGCGAUUUAGGAACAUACAUCCCCAUCGUACUAGCUUUAUCACUUGUCAACAACCUCGAUCUUACAACAACACUCAUCUUCACUUCUCUUUACAACAUGUUAACUGGUUUUUUCUUUGGUCUUCCUAUGCCAGUUCAGCCCAUGAAAUCCAUUGCUGCAGUUGCCAUCUCAGAAUCACCACCUCUCACUAUUGCUCAAAUAUCAGCAGCUGGCUUAUCUGUUGCUGCUGUCCUCCUCUUCCUCGGCACCACCGGUUUAAUGUCGGUUCUUUACCGAUACCUUCCUUUACCGGUUGUUCGCGGCGUUCAACUCUCUCAAGGACUUCAAUUUGCUUUCUCAGCAAUUAAUUAUAUUCGUUACCAACAAGAUUUAGCUUCUACUUCAGCUAAAGUAGGUCCAGUCCGUCCAUGGUUUAGUCUGGACGGACUGGCACUGGCUCUUGUUGGUGUUGUUUUUCUUGUCCUCACCACUGGUGCUGGUGAGGACAAUAAUAAUUCAGAACAGCAACAACAGCUUGAACAUGAAGGAAAUGACUAUGAUGAUGAUGAGAGAGUUGAUAAUCUUCGACGAAACAAGGUUCGUCGAAGAUUAAAGAUUCUGUCAAUGAUUCCAUCUGCUUUGAUUGUGUUUUUGUUUGGAUUAAUAUUGUGUUUUAUUCGUGAUCCUUCGAUUUUUAAUGAUUUGAAAUUCGGGCCUUCGAAGAUUAAGGUUGUGAGAAUUACAUGGGAUGAUUUUAAGGUUGGAUUUGUUAGAGCAGCUAUUCCGCAAAUUCCGUUAUCAAUUUUGAAUUCUGUUAUUGCAGUUUGUAAACUGUCCGGAGAUUUAUUUCCGGACAGAGAAGCUUCUGCUAUGAAGGUUUCAGUGAGUGUUGGAGUGAUGAAUUUUGUUGGAUGUUGGUUUGGUGCUAUGCCUUGUUGUCAUGGAGCUGGUGGAUUGGCUGGACAGUAUAGGUUUGGAGGAAGGAGUGGAGCUUCUGUUGUUUUUCUUGGAAUUGGUAAAUUGGUGAUUGCAUUGGUUUUUGGGAACUCUUUUGGGAGAAUUUUGGGUCAGUUUCCUAUUGGGAUACUUGGUGUUUUGCUUUUGUUUGCUGGGAUUGAAUUGGCUAUGGCUUCUAAAGAUAUGAAUAGUAAACAAGAAUCUUUUGUUAUGUUUGUUUGUGCUGCUGUUUCUUUGACUGGAUCUAGUGCUGCUUUAGGGUUCUUUGUUGGGAUUGUUCUUUACUUGUUGUUGAAAUUGAGGGAGCUAGAUUGUGGUGGUGGAUUUGGGUUUUUGUCCAAUUCCAACAAAGCCAAAUCAUCCAAGGAUGAGGAAUCUCCUUUAAUUGCCUAAAUAUUUUUAUUGGGUUUGAGUUGUGGUUCAUAUCGAGUGUCGAAUAGGUUCAUCAGAAUCAGGAAUUUCUUGCAUUCACACAUUAGUAGAUUGUUAAGUUUAGAUUUUCAAGCAAGAUUUAUAAAUUUGAUUUUGUCAGCUUGAAGCCAAGCGUUCGAGUAAAUGCAGGGGAUUCUUGACUGCAAAGAAUCUAUAUCCGUGCAAUUGAAGAUGCUCUUAAAUAUGAUCAACAAAGCUGUGAUCAUUGGAAGAAGAAAGUUUGGGCAGAGCCGGAGCUAAACGUUGGCUAGGUAAGCAUCCUGUAGUAAGGGGGUAGCUAUGAACCCUGUAGACCAUCCACACGGGGGUGGUGAAGGGAAGGCCCCAAUUGAUAGAAAAAAACCCUCUUUUCCACCUUCCUCCUGUCAAAUAAUCUUUGGCUAUAUUUGUGUUGUAAUGUUCAAUUUAGGGUGUACAACAUAUGUGUAUAGUUAUUUAUUUAUAGAUAAAGUUCCCAACAUGUGUUAGUGUACUGGGGAACAUGCCUUUGUAGGACCCUCCUAUAACUAUGGACUCAAAUCAUGUGUUUGGAUGUAGUACAUGCUUAAUAAGGAUUCAUUCAUGUUUUUUUUA